CCCUCAGGAACUACCCAGAGGGAAAUGGCAGUAGGAAAUCAUUCCUCAGUGAUUGAGUUCAUCCUUGCUGGGCUAACAGAACAGCCAGAGCUCCAGCUGCCCCUUUUCUUCCUCUUCCUAGGAAUCUAUGUGGUCACGGUGGUGGGCAACCUGGGCAUGAUCUUACUGAUUGGGGUCAGUUCCCACCUGCACACACCCAUGUACUAUUUCCUCAGUAGCUUGUCCUUCAUUGACCUCUGUCAUUCCACCGUCAUUACCCCCAAAAUGCUGCUGAACUUUGUGACAGACAAGAACAUCAUCUCCUACGCUGCAUGCAUGACUCAGCUCUGUUUCUUCCUCCUUUUUGCUAUCUCAGAGUGUUACAUGUUGGCUGCAAUGGCCUAUGACCGCUAUGUUGCCAUCUGCAGCCCUCUGCUUUAUCAUGUCAUCAUGUCCCAUCAGACUUGUUUCUCCCUGAUUGUGGGAGUGUAUACUGUGGGCCUGGUGUGUGCUUUCUCUCAUACAGGUUGCAUAUUUAGGGUUCAUUUCUGUAAAUGUGAUGUGAUCAAUCAUUAUUUCUGCGAUCUUCUCUCACUUUUAAAACUCUCCUGUUCUAGCACAUAUGUCAAUGAAUUAUUGAUUCUAAUCUUUAGUGCAAUUAAUAUCCUUGCCCCAAGCCUGACCAUCCUAAGCUCCUACAUUUUCAUCAUAGCUAGCAUCCUCCACAUUCGCUCCACCGAGGGCAGGUCCAAAGCCUUUGGUACAUGCAGCUCCCACAUAUUAGCUGUUGCUGUUUUCUUUGGAUCUGCUGCAUUCAUGUACCUGCAGCCAUCAUCUGUGAGCUCCAUGGACCAAGGGAAAGUGUCCUCUGUGUUUUAUACUAUUGCUGUGCCCAUGCUGAAUCCCCUGAUCUACAGCCUAAGGAAUAAAGAUGUCACUGUUGCCCUAAAAAAAAUGCUAGAGAGAAGAAUAUUCUUGUGA